AUGGCUUCCACACAAGACCGCGAGGAUCUGGCUUUAAGGAUUCCCAACUUCAGUCUCACAGUGCACUAUGGAAAUAAAGUUUGCUCGGUCGUCGGCACCGCUAUCGGACCACCAAGCAGUUCAAGUUCCAAGGUCGGUUUUAUAAACAAAAACUACCCCCAAACGCAUAAUGAAGGUGACAAUCGUCACAUCGUCAGUGCCGAACUUGUUCUCGACCUGGAUCUGGCUGUUGCGCUUGUCAAGCCUUGCUUGGACAUCAGGCUGUUUGGCGGGAAGGUACCCAAGUGCUGGGGAGGAUUCAUCCAUUCCUCCUCAACAAGGAACUCUACAGUCAAAUUACUAUCACAUCGGGUCAACUUGCCGCCAGCAGGGAAAUUCGCCCACCGGCCAUUUUUUGUGCUCCAAUGUCCGGAGACCGCUGUCCUCGUCGAUCUCAGAUGUGUAAGACUGGCUAUGAACUCAGUCGAUGAGCUGAGUUACCCAGACUACUGCUGCCAGAGCCCAAGGUUCCGAAGAUGGUAA